ACCUUGUUUUUCUCUUCAUUUAAGUUUCCUUCAGCAUUCGAGUUUAAUGAGCUAUUCUUGAUUACAAUUUUGGAUCACCUUUAUAGCUGUCUUUUUGGGACCUUUUUGUGCAACUGUGAACAGCAGCGAUUCAAAGACGAUGUAUAUACAAAGACGAUAUCUUUAUGGUCGUAUAUCAAUAGCCAGCUAGAUGAGUUUUCUAAUCCCUUCUUUGUGAAUUAUGAAAACCAUGUGUUAUAUCCCGUUGCUAGUCUGAGUCAUUUGGAAUUGUGGGUAAACUAUUAUGUACGAUGGAAUCCACGGAAGAGACCUCAGAUGCCCAUUCACCAGAAUCUCAAGGAGCUGCUGGCCGUCAGGGCGGAGCUGCAGAAGCGUGUGGAGGGCCUACAGCGGGAGGUGGCCACACGUGCUGUCUCAUCCUCAUCUGAGCGGGGCUCCUCGCCCUCCCACUCCGCCACCUCCGUCCACACCUCGGUCUGACGAGCGAGGCCAGCCUGCUGCCCCACUGUCUGCCAGCGGCUCAGGAAAGGGGCCUGGCCAUCACUGUUAUGGCUGUAGCUUGUGAUCUUGUCUUUUAGGAUUAGGCCCAGGGACCAUUUGUGUGGCUAGGUGACAGCUCCCACUGUUGGCAAGUGCUUUUUGUUUUGUGAACAGCCCGUUACCCUCCUGUCAGCGGUUUCACAGGGGAGCUGUCUGUCACAUCCACCCUGUGAAGCAACUUCUAGCGUCCAGGCAGCUUGGGAGAAACUAAGUGAAUGGAUUGCAGUACUGAGGUUCAAGAAAGCUGUGCGCCAUUUCUUUCCAAGUUAAAUCGUUCAGUAACAACAAACACCAUUCACUUCAAGACGCAUUGCCAGCCCCAUGGCUUCCCUCAGCUCUUGGCCACAACUUGAAAACUGUUUUGAAUGAAGUACUUGGGGAGAAGACAGACCACUGCCCUCUGUUCCACAGUUCUCUUCAUGCACGGGGUCCUCCUGUAACAAUUACUGUUGUGUACAUAUAAGGUAUUUUUAGAGAAGAGAAACAGGCCUUUAUUUUCCUAUGUCCUUUUUUACGUUUAGAAUAGUCACCUGAGGAGAGAUCAGCUCAACUGUACUGUGGGAGAAAUUAUUUUCCAACAAACCUCAUGCUCAUUUUUCUGUGGUGCAUUUGAAAUGGGAUUUGAACAUGGUCAUUUCAAGGACAACGUGUUCUGUCCUCACCUCACUCUGGUACUCACCUCUUGGGGCGGCUCAGCCCAUUCAUGGGGACAGCACCAAGCGGCCAUGCUCAGUCUUCCAGCCCCGCUGAGGGUAAACCGAAGCCUCUGGCAGCUGUGCACAGGUGCUGGCCUCUCGCUCCUUCAAGGAGCACUGCCUGUCACUCGCUCCUGGGCUGUCUGGCCAUGCUUCCCCCCACCACUUUACCGCUGCCAGCUGCCAGGAUCGAAGCAAGUCUGCUCUUACGUUAUUUGCCUGUAUGAAAUCAUUUCUCAUUUUAUCACAAUUCCUUCAACUCAGCUUACUCACAUGGCUGCCUGUUAAUAUUUGAAAGCAGCCACUGUGCUGUGGCUUUGGUUUGGAAAAGCAUAGCACGCACUUCCCUUGGUUUUCCCUUCCCAGAGCCGACCGCAGCUGGUCAGCCCUCUUCCCGCUCCUGAACCUUUACUGACUGACUUUGAGCUCUGUGACUCCAUCAGUCCUCGCAGGAAUUAAUUUACCACCAAUUGAUUCAAUCCACUUGCGCGCCAUAGCUCUGAGCUCCUCUGUGUGACAUGCCACAGAUGAUUAUUGCACACCUGGGUCCUGCCCCAGCAGGCCAUGCCCCUCCCUCAUGCUGUGCCCGUUGCUGCAACUUCCCCCCACCCCACCAUGGGCUGCAGGAAUUCAGCCUUUAGAGGCAGAGGUGGCUGCAGCGGCUCCUAAGGUCAAACCCCAGCGUGACUGCAUAACAAUGUUAGCUGGCUGUUUUCAAAUUACUGGAUUCCAGACAAAGUCCUACAAAUUGGCCUUAUUUUUGAAAAUAUGUUAAGGGUUUUUUAAUAGAGAAUGGAUUUUUUUUUUAAAAAAACUGGGAACCUCCUGAUUCUUACUGAAAAUUAUCCUUCUAUAAGAUAGCAGAGAGAUUUAUUCAAGGUAAUUUGAUAACCUAAAAUCAAUUCUCCAUUUUUGUCACAUGUGGGAUUUGUUGCUAAAUCAUAUUCGACAUUAGCUUUUAUGUUCCUAACAUAUCUGAACCUUAUUUAUGAAUGGAUAAACUGGAUUAUAGAUAUACUGAUUUUUUUUUUAAUGGGGACAUUUCCCAUUUUCUUCCCAGACGUAUGCAAUCCCCUGGCUGACUGGGACUAUUAAACAUAGUGUGGACUGGAUGAUGCCUUCGGCAGACCAGAGAGGCCAAGCUGUGGGGAGCUGGUGUCUGGAGUGGGCCCUGUGCGCCUCACCCGGCGGAGGCUGGGGGCUCCGCCAGCAGCACCCCACAGACUCCUAUUCCAUGUUAAAGAAGCACAACGGGUCAUUUCCCUUUGUAUGUUCCUAGUGCAGAACUGUUUCGAAAACAACUUGAAGCAUAGUUUUGUUAUCUAAGCAAUUUUUGUUUUAAGUGUACUAGAAUGCGAAACCUUUACGGUUCAGGUUUUUAAAAACUGGUACAGUAUUGUAUUUGUCUCAUCUGUUGCACUGUAUUUCAAUCUGUAAUUAAAAUGAUCUUAUGUUUGCUUCCUGG